CACAUCUUCCGCACCAGGAUUCGGGACCUUUUUCAGGCGUGACGUCUGGCGUAUUGACUGCGACGUCAGUCAGGCCCUGAAGGUACGUGUCUGUUGCUAGUUGCUGAACAGCGCAUCACACUAUCCACCGUUUCUCCCUUGUACCGAACUCUCCGUUCAUCAUGUCCUUUCCGCCACCUCCAGGUCUUAGGCAAGCACCUUCGUCGCUCCCUGCGCGUCCACCACCACCAGCGAGCACUGCUUCGCCUGCCACCUACCAACAACCCGCAUACUCAGCUGCGCCCUCGUAUGCGCCGCCCAGUGCAAGCAGCGGAUAUGGCAGUCACGGGCCGUCGCGACCGGGCUACGGCGCCGCCACUGCUUUCGCACCGCGCUCAGUAGCCUCCACUCAACCCUACCGUACCAGCAGCCCCGUGGUGUCGGCUCCCCCCACCUCCGCCAGUGGCUAUGCGACACCAACUACAACCGGCUACGGUAACUACUACCCACAACAACCACAAGCAUCGUACCAGAGCGGCCCGACCUACUACGGAGCCCCGGCGCAGUACAAUGACGGCACCUCGUACGGCCCGUCCGUGCCACGGAUCCAGAACCCCUUCCAGCCCGCCGCCGGAAGGGGCUACGGCGGCCGCAAUGACUCCGGCAUGGACCCGGAGACGGAAGCGCAGAUUGCUCAGUGGCAGAGCGCCUACGCGGACAAGGAGGAAGUCCCGGUCCCCGGCAAGGUCCCGGGACGCCGAGAUGUCAACCAGGGAGUCGGGGCUGGUCCUGCAUCCGGCGUGAACACACCAUCUGGUGCCGCCACGGGUGCCAACACACCCGCGCCGAUCGUGGGGGUGCCCGAGCCCGCGCCGAAGACAGUUGUCCGCUCCGGCGGUGGACAGAACUGGACCGACUCGACACUACUGGAGUGGGAUCCGGCGCACUUCCGUCUGUUCGUGGGAAAUUUGGCGGGCGAGGUUACGGACGACUCGCUGCUGAAGGCGUUCGCCAAGUACACGUCGGUGCAGAAGGCGCGGGUGAUCCGCGACAAGCGCACGCAGAAGAGCAAGGGCUACGGGUUUGUCAGCUUCAGCGACGGCGACGACUACUUCAAAGCGGCGCGAGAAAUGCAAGGCAAGUACAUUGGCUCGCAUCCGGUUCUGCUCCGGCGGGCCACCACCGAGGUCCGGCCCGUGUCCAACAACAAGAAUGGGAAGAAGCACGGGGGUGGAGGCGGCUCGGGUGGAGGCAGCGCUGGUGGGGGCAAGGUCAAGCAUGAUGGAGUCAAGAAGCAUGGCAAGACCAAGGGUGGACUGAAGAUUCUCGGAUGAUUGAUUGGGUUGAGUGUACUUUGUACUCAGCUCCUGGAUCACAUUGCCAAUCCGAUGACGAGUUAUGCUACGACUGGGUUACAUGAUAGAAACCUGAAGCAUUCUGUAGCUUUCAGAAUCGGGGGUAGUUCAAUUUGUA